AGAAGGAGGAGAAGGUGGAGGAAAACCAGGGAGGAGAGGCAAAGAGGGUGGAGGUGAAAGAGGAGCAAGAUGCCAAGGGGAAGAGGGUGGAGAACAAGCAGCACCAGGUGGUGGAGGACACAUUUCACCAGGGCAAAGAUGUGAGUACAUUUUCCCAAGGUCUGUCUCUCCAGGAACAGUCACCACUGGAACGGUCUCCCCAGGAGCACCUUUGUUACAAUCAGCCUCAGCAGGAUCAGUCUACCCUGACACAGUCACACCGGAAACAACUACCUAAGGAGCAGCCUCACCAGGAACAGUCACCAAAGGAACAGCAUCACCAGGAACAGUCAGCAAUGGAACAGGCUCCACAGGAACAGCCACUGAAGGAAGAAGCUCCACAGGAACAGCUGUCAAAGCAACAGCCUCACCAGGAACAGCCACCAAAAGAACAGCCUCGCCAGGAUCAAUCUGACCAGGCUCAGUCCUUCCAGGGUGACGUGAAGGACAAGGGUAGGCUCACGGUUCUGACUUGGAACAUCGACGGGCUGGACCCAGAGGAUAUCUUGGAGCGUCUCAAGGAACUUAUCUCCACCCUGCAAAAGUACUGUCCAGAUGUCAUACUGUUGCAAGAACUUAUCCCACCGAUUGUACCAACCUUGCUGAAGUGCUUGAAGACAUAUGACUUUCUCAGAGGGAAAGAAAGUGGUUACUUCACUGGCAUAAUGCUGAGAAAGUCACGGGUGCAGCUCCUGCAGAAAGACAUAGUGAAUUAUCCCACCACCGAAAUGGGCAGGAACCUGCUAAUGGCACAGGUCAAAUUCUUCGACCACAAUCUGUGCGUGAUGACGUCGCACCUGGAGAGCUGCAAGGAGAGCUCGCAGGAGCGCCUCAACCAGCUGAGAAGGGUGUGGAAGAGGAUGAGGGAGGCCGACGAAAGCCUCACUGUCAUAUUCGGCGGGGACACCAACCUGAGGGACUGGGAGGUGAAAAAGCUGGGAGGUCUGCCUGAGGGCAUCUCUGAUGUCUGGGAGCUUCUGGGCCAGCCGGAGGACUGCAGGUACACCUGGGACACCACCACCAACAACAACAAGGACCUGCCGUUCCCUGCGCGGCUGCGGUUCGACCGCGUUUUCAUCCGGGCUGCCAAGGAGGGAGCGCAGGUGGUCCCCGAGACCAUGGUGCUGGUGGGGCAGGAGCGGCUGAGCUGCGGGAGAUUCACCAGCGAUCACUGGGCAAUCCUCUGCACCUUCUCCAUCACGGAGGGACACGACGGGCCUCCCCAAAACAGCUCUUAACAGAUAGAAAUUUUUAAAAAAACACCUGGUAGAUUUUUCUCUAUGUAAUGGCCUGCAAUGGCACAGUUAGAGGACACACCACUACUAUAAUCCUAAAUUUCAGAUACAGUAUUUUAAGCAAAGCUUCAGUUUGAGAUGCAGUGGCUCUCAUUCUUUGUCUCAACUUAUUGUUGUAUUGUUGUGCAUGU